AAUGUUGACAACAUGCGCAGAACGCAAUGCUCACUCCAGAGAUAUUUACUCUAUGACGGAGUGUCGCGACUGUUAUUGUUAUACACCUUUGUUUUGUUUGUAAACAUGGUAGCGUGGAAAAGCAGAAACAUAGUAUUAUCAAAGAAAAUGUGUGGGUUAUGUUGGUGGCAACAUUUAUUACUGAGAAACGAGUGAGAUUUUAUAGUUUCCACGUCGAAAACUUGGGAAUUUUUAUAGUGUGCAAAAGUUAUUGCAAUGUUAAGCGGACAAGUAAAUUGUGCAAGGCUAACUCGUGCCUUAAAAACGGUAUUUAAGUUAACGCAAAGUGUUAAAAGACAGUUUUCUGAAAAUGCUGCGGCUUCGACUACAGUGUUUCAAGAGUCAAGACAUUUAGAAGAUUCUUCACACGACAAGUGUGAAGAAACGAAAUUAGUGAAAGUUGCUAUUAUCGGUGCACCCAAUGCUGGUAAAAGCAGUUUAAUCAAUCAGUUGACUGGCAGAAUGCUGUGUCCUGUAUCCAAGAAAGUGCACACAACAAGAUGUCGUGCUCGGGCUGUAUCAAUUCAAGACACCACUCAAAUAAUAUUUCUUGAUACACCUGGAUUGGUUACAGCUACAGAGAUGCAAAGGUUCAAUUUAGAAGAGUCAUUUCUACAAGAUAGUGAACUUGCAUUAAUGGAGGCAGACUUACUUGGAGUCAUACAUGAUGUUAGCAACCGUUGGACAUCUGGAUCCCUAGAUGCCAAAGUAUUGCGAUUACUUGAGCUAUAUCCCGAGAAAUCGUCGUUUUUGGUUCUUAAUAAGGUAGAUCUUGUGAAAAACAAACGAAAAUUGCUGGAGUUAGUGAAUGUGCUGACAGAUUACAAUCUGAGGAAAGAGACGAGGAAUCCAAAGAAAACCAAACAACUUUCUGAAACUAGAGUCAAAGACAUUGUGAAAGAGAAAUCAGGAUGGGGAAACUUCAGUGAGGUGUUCAUAGUCUCAGCACUUAGUGGAGACGGAGUUGAUAAAAUUAUGGACCAUAUUUUGAUGGCAGCUAAACCAGGAAAAUGGCUGUAUGCACCUUCACACAUGUCUGAUGUUUCGCCCAAUAAAUUAAUAGCACGGACAGUGAAAGCUAAACUGCUUGAGCACUUCCCUCAAGAAGUUCCGUAUAAUCUCAAAACAACAGUGGAAUAUUUAGAUGACAGUAACUCUGAUUUGAUAACAGCAGUAGUGGGAGUAUAUUGCCCAACAGCUCGAAUUCAGAAGCUUGUUAUUGGAACUAAAGGAAGAAAAAUCCAGAUGGUUGCAAGGGAAGCAGAAGUGGACUUGAGAAAUGCAUUUCAUCGAAGUGUUCACCUUAAAAUUGCUGUAUCAUCUCCAAAGAAAUAAAUGUAUUGAGUCGUUUACAAAA